AUGCCUACACCUUUAUCAGAUGGCUGUCGAGCAGCUUGGAGUUGGAACAGACGGGAAAAGUCACAUGAAGUUAGAAUACAUGGUAAACAGCUACAGACGGCUUAUUUUCAUCCCAACUGGAGUAACGGAACAGCCGGCGUACGAGGAUCUAAACCAAUAAAUAUUGGCAGACAUUACUGGGAAAUCAAGAUAUCUCAAAGACUCUUUGGUACCAGCAUGAUGUUCGGAAUUGGAACUAAAAAGGCUCGGUUACAUGUGGAUGCGUUUGUGAAUUUAUUAGGAGAGGAUGAACAGAGUUGGGGACUGUCUCAUAAAGGUCUCUUGUGGCACAAUGGUUUAUCGAGAGUUUACACCAAGCCAUUUCAAGAGAAUUCAUCCACCAUCAUUGGUAUGUUAUACGACGGUGAAUCGGGAACUUUAACUUAUUUCAAAGAUGGUGAUUGCUUAGGUGUGGCUUUUUCUGGAUUGGAUCAGAUCACCUACGACCUUUACCCAAUUGUUACGUCCACCGCCGCCAAAACAGAGAUGACUCUUGGAACCCGGAAACGUAGUUAUUUGAAUCUACAAGAUAGGUGCCGUGCUUCUAUUCUGUCUAAAGUUAAAGGAACGACAACGAUAGACUUUUUGCCAUUACCCAAUAAAAUGAGACAAUUUCUGAAAGAUGGAAUACAGUAA